AUGAGCGGCGUCACAACGAGACACGUGGCGUCGUUGGUGAUGAGCGCAGACAUGAACGCGGACAGGAGACAGAUGCGCCAGAGGAUGUUUCGGAAGGGUUGGGCUCCGGUGCCGAAGAUCUUGAGCGCGACAAGUCGCAGUAGCCCCUCUCGGUCGUAG